AUGAAUUUCUUGGGAUCGGCUGUGUGUGUGCUCGCCUUGGUGGCGGACCCUUGUGUGGGAUUUGGGUUUCUGGGACAACCAGUCCAACAAGCCCAAUAUCAUCAGCAUCCAUCCAGAAACAAUAAUGGUGGUUCCUUUUUGGAAAUGCGAAAGCAAAAGGCUUCCGAUAAACGAACUCGCCGACAACAGCAACGAGGCAAUGAUUUGUUGCUGGAAUCGGGGACCGUGACACAAUCUCCCAUGAAUGGAAAAGCUUGGCGGCAACGGCAAGCUACCAACAACAUCAUUCCGGAAACCAAGACGGGAGGACGAGGCAGGUCGCGAAAGCGUUCUGCGCUCUACAAUUCUCUGUCACUCUACCACAACAAGUACUUGAGUCUAUUAACGCAAGAAUAUCGACAAGAGGAAGACGAAGUUCUGGAAAGAAUCAAGGCUUCUUUGGAUGACCCACUGGGCUACGAAGCGGCCGGAUUUGCCCUCUUUGACAUGCACCCGGAACGAAGGGGAAACUUGUUUUCCGAUGAAGUGUACAGACUGGUCAAGGCGAACGAUGCUACCACUACAUUUCCAGAGAGUGGUCCAUCCCUGAAUGAUGAUAAAGAUGAUGAAACCAGCACAUCAUCUUCCCAGUCACAACUACGCUUUCUGCCACCCAACCACAAAAUCUCGUCCAAUGAUGUCAUUAUGAUUACCUUGCAACCGCAAGGCAGUGGAGAUUUCUUCAACCUUGCAUCGCUUCCCACUCAGGGGCUGGCCAUUGAAGCACGGGUCCUCAACACUGGACCCACCUAUGUCGACAUUGCCGUUCCGAAUGGAUCCUUUGAAGCUGCCUUUGGACCACCCACCAAUGAUAACAAGAUGAGACUGCGCGUGGAUCGAUUCUUUUCCAACAUACCGUAUCAAAGGAUGGUCACGGCAUUGGCGCAAUUGACGGCCAUUCCAGAACGCAAAGAAGCCACCACGGCAACGGCAUCCGACAAUGACAGCAAAAAAGACGCCCAUGAACGAAUCUGCAUGGAUGAGCUACUGCGAGAAGUUGUCCUGUCCACACAUGCUUACAGUGACCCUUUCAGCGCUUACUACAACGAUGAUGAUUUCCUCGACUUGCAGUAUCUGUCCUCUUGCCUGGCCAAGCCACCCGUGGGAAGCUCGCUACAAAUGGCCAAGAAAGCUAUCACAUUCAUGAAGUCGGACAACCAACAAAUCUUUGAAGAGUUUAACCAGCCCCAACUGGCAGCCAUCAAUGCUGCUCUUACCAGGCGGUUGACUCUCAUUCAAGGUCCUCCUGGAACGGGCAAAACAUCGGUGGCUUCAGCCAUUGGAUUUGGGUUUGCGUACCAGUGCAAGAUGCUGAGUGCAGCAGGAAAUGCCAAAGUUCUCGCUUGCGCUUGCAGCAAUGUUGGAGCGGACAACCUGGCAGAUCGGCUCGUCAAGCUUGGACUCAAAGUGGUCCGUAUUGGAAGACCCUCGGCUGUUUCAGAGUCGCUCUGGGACCAUACUCUGGAUGCGGCCAUUGACAGGGACCCCGAUGCCCAGAAUGCGCUGAAACAUGCUGCUCGAGCCACUGCGGCAUUGAGAGAAAGCCAAAAGAGCAACAACAAGUCCCGAGGUGGCACCUCUUCUGGUAGCAUCGUCGAUGUCACUCGGGACAUAGCCACUGCAGCUGUCAAAGCAUCGAUCAAGGCUUGUAACAUUGCAGCCACAAAGGCUCUUCGAGAGGCUGACAUUGUUGUGAGCACAUCGACGGGUGCCAGCGACCCUCGUUUGCUGGCCGCGUGCGGCAUCAGCACAGACCCGGACGAUGCAAUCGAUGCUAGUGGGCGUAACGGAGAAGACAAUAAGGCUGUUGGCCGGGGCAGAACACAAGAUGAUCGACUAAAGACGGCACCCGACGGUCUUCCACCACUUUCGUGUCCAUUCGUCAUUAUUGAUGAGAGCUGUCAGUCUGUGGAGCCGGCAUCCAUCAUUCCAAUGACUUCGACAAACUCGUGCAGAGCACUUGUGUUGCUCGGCGACCCUUGCCAGUUGCCUCCAACUGUUCGUAGCGGCGAUGAAGAAUCCCCGCUUGCAGUGUCCUUGAUGGCGCGACUGGCUGAAGUCCUACCUCAUCCUACUGUACCGUUGCAACCACUGAACGGCAAAGAAUGUUGCCGGAAAUACUUGGAUGCACUACCCGUAAAGCAGGCACGUUCUCGUUUCCAAUCAUUGAGUCAAGGGGAGACACAGCAAGGAUCGUACCGUAAACGUUAUGGCGGAUCCAUUCUGCUGUCGGUUCAAUACAGGAUGCACCCGUCGAUCUCGGCUCUGCCGUCCGCCAUCUUCUACGAUAGUCUUCUUGCAACCCCAGCAUUCCUUGCCAACUCCCGCCAGAUGCCACAAUUCUUGCGACAGUCCAUGCCAUGUGACGACCAAGAGUUUUGCGUUCGAUUUGUGGACGUAGGCGGUCGCAACAAUGAAAGAAAGGGUGCACCCAAGGGAUACGCCAAAGCGGCGGCGCAAUCAGCUUUCUUCAGUGAGAAGGAACAGUCCAGCUAUUGGAACGAGCCAGAGGCGGAUGCCGUUGUGUCUCUUGUGAGGGAUGCCGUCAACGCUGCCGUUGGUGAUCCUUCGAGCCCCAAAAGCAUAGGCAUCGUGACGCCAUAUCGCGGCCAGGUAGAUCUGAUCAAGAAAAAGCUUGCUGCAGACGAAGAGCUUGCCGCAAGCACCAAGAUGCUUUCAAUUGAAGUGGAGAUUAAAACAGUGGAUGGGUACCAAGGAAGAGAGCGAGAUCUGAUUCUGUUUUCAGCGGUUCGAUCCAAUAGAAAGGGGAACAUUGGUUUUCUUCGCGACUGGAGACGUACAAAUGUGGCGCUGACAAGAGCGAGGAGUGCAUUGGUGGUUGUUGGAGACCUUGAAACCUUGCGUGAUGGAGACCGGCACUGGGCUGCUUUCGGAAAAUAUUGUGAGGAGACUGGGUGCGUGUUCUCUGGCACCGUAGCAGAGGACUGUUGA